GACGUCACAAGCUGUACGACGCCAUGAUGUCUCAGGCCUCCCGGCUGUCAAGUCGGUGAGUGCUGAAGAUUGUAGUGACUGGCACUGGAAGUUUAUUUUAUGUGCGUUCGUAUAAAGUUCAGGCCAGGGAAUCAGCGACCAUCACCGCUUCAAACUAUUGUGGCCAAUGUUUGUCGCCCAUAUUUAAAAGACUUCGUGGUGGAAUUACAGUACAUUCCUUAAUCAGCAUGUUUUAAAACUGUGUACCUGCUUGGAUUACAGACGUGAAACACUGGUCAAAGCAGUUGCUUUCUGUGACAGUUUACAAUCCUGCGAGUCCUAGCUGCACGAACCAUCUCUAUCAUUGGCCUGUAUUUCAGACAUCAUUCUUCUACAACGACUAACAACAUGCAGGGUGUUAGAGAUUUCACUAGACUUUCCCUGUGAACGAUUUCUACGUGCAUGUAUGCGAAAUGGAAAGAGACAAAAUGAACCCUGAUGCUAGGCCAGGUGCAGCGUUUAACACCUGUAUGUUUGGAAAAGACGAACUAUUUCCAGUGUUGAGGGAUUCGACCGCUACAGAAAUUCGCUCUGCCAAAGACUUACACGAACGACUUAAACACAGCAGGCAAAUCACGCCGCCGGUUCCACGUUCACCUCGUCGUUCGCAGGGAGUGGCUAGAGGGGCCAAGAGACCCACUAACUCCCCUACCGGGUUCGGAAGGUCACGCUAUGUGUGGAUACACAACGAACGUCAUAUGCUUUUCAAAGGUCCACAACAUUCGUCUGAAAACUUUCGCUCGUGUUCAUCAGAGUUGGUGCCCAAUGAAAGCGGCGCCAGGGAAUGCUGGCGAAGAUGGGGGAUGCACUGGCUAGCGUACCCAUUUUGCUGGGCGACAAGUGUCGAACUUACGGGUACCGUUUGUGCGACCGCCGAGUCGGUAGUGCGUCCUGGGCAGCGUUCGGGACCUUCCCGAGAGACAAAUGCGAGGAGGGGAGGAAAGCCAAGGAAUUGACACCGCCCCGAGUGGUCCAGCCACGUAGGUGGAAUUCCCACGACCGGACCCCGCACAGCAACGGACGCCAUGACGGAGCUUCUUCUCACUUCAUAUCUCACUCUCUCGACGACCCCUCGGAGCCCGAGGUGCUGAGGUCAGUCCCUCACAGACAGAUGUACCGCGACUUCCGUGAGAUUCUCACAUCAACUUCGAAUCUUCCGACAGAGAUGGGUCACGGGUUACAGUGUUUUCAGUCUAGCCCUUUCUAUUCUCACGGGGAGACGAGCCCUUACUGGUCUGGUGAAGGGGCGAGCCGUGGUAAGAGGAUCCAUUCCCUUCUUGACGCAGAUCUUUCACGGUACACCUACCCAGCGCUCAGAGACAAUCCCUACUAUUAUCCCAACGAAAGGAGUAUGUGCGGGAAAGUCAAACAGUAUAAGCAGAAGAGGGACCGCAACUCUGUAGCUUACGGAAAGAUUCACGUCACUCGCUCUUUGCUUCAAGAUUAUCUACUACAACCUCGCGAAAACGCCAUGGUCACGGCAUUUCUGACUUUACUUACCACAAUGCCGGACAGCGAGGAAAAGUCUUGCUCCAGUGCUAGCGUCACAGACAGAUCCUCUGUAAGCAGUAGUCCUUACAGACUAGACUCUAUGCAUACAUUUUCGGAAUCCCUUGGUAACAUGGAAAUCCAACCUCUUUUCCUGCGAAGCCCUUCACGGUGAGUGCUUAUUUACCUGCCAGUGGGCAUGAACGUGUUGGUCAUGUGACAAAAACAGACGCAUCUGCAUUGCAGGAAGAAGGCACCAGUAUCCUGCAGCCUGAGUUGAGAGGUGCAACAAAGGUCAACGCGGAGUUUAAGCAAACAAAAGAAAUGCAUCAACAGAUGGAACAUCUGGAAUCUGAACAGGUGACACCCCAGUCAGAAGCGAGCCAUGCAGUUGGUCAAUACAUUUCAAGUCCACCCUGGUAUGAAAGUCACUCACCAAAGAAGGACUUCUGCACACAAAAGUGUAUUUCGACGUCACCAACAAUGAGGACCGAGGCCAACAGGGAUCCAUCCAACCAGACAACUCCAUCUCCUCAGACUGGCGUAGAGAUUUACAGUCAAAGCGAUGAGGUAUUCAACAGAACGAAAAAGAAAUCCCGGUCUGAAGACUCAGAUAGUUCUGUUACAUCGGAAUCGUCUCCUAAAAUCAGUCAGUUACCUGCUAUAGACGACAAAGAAAAAGCGAGUGAAUUAUUGAAGUCACAGUCUCCAAAGCAUACAGUAGAAGCAAACGUCCGAGAAAAAGACGACUUUACAAUUAAAGAAACAACGGCUGAAAAUUGUUCAGAUUUUACUGUAGCGAGUGGCAACCAAAAGAAGUCUGGGGAUGAAGCUGAAGACAGCGUUAGAAUUUCUUUGCAGGAGAAACUUGCCAUAGACGAAAUAAAUUCUGUGGAUGGAACAAGAAAAAGUUUGUGUCGAACAUCACAGGUUUUACUUUGCAGAAGCAGUUCUGAAUAUGCGGAGACUGAAUCAAGUAAAGAAAGUCGUUCUCCGAGAAGAAUACUGGGAAAAAGUUCCAACGAAUUCACGGGUGAAACAUCAGAAAAGAUGAAAGGCCAAUAUGAGAAUAUCGGCCUUUUAAAAGAAAAAGCCUCGUUGGAAAACGAUGCUAAAUCUUCUUUUCGAAUUAGUUUUAAGGAAAGAUACUCAAAUGAAACAAUAACAGAGACUUCACGUUCCUCUGACGACUUACCUUUUGUUGAAAGUGAACAAACCAUAACUGAGGACGAAUCUUUGAAUGAAGUGGCAAACAAGGCGAUUCGUACAUUUAAAGACUUGGUCCGACAAGCAGUAUAGAAACCAUAAGUAUAGCGUCGAGCACAAGUUAUUUUGCUGAUAGCCUGCUCAAAAUGACAGUUGUAGAUAAUCCAUUAGAAAGGCCGAGUGUUCACAGAGACUCUGUACAUAUUUUAGAAGAAAAUUCCUCCUCUGAAAAACCAUCCCUAUUUACAAGACACUAUGCUCCGAUUGGGUUUAAAAUACAGCAACAAGGUUUGGAUAAAGGGACAAACCAAGCUACUAGCGGAAUUCAAGAGGAACUUACCAUCAACAAAGACAAAUCCGUCGAUGAAAGAUGUUGCGAGACAAAUCCUUACGUUCAGGGUAUUCUGAACAUCGACAACAAAUCUGAUCUUAGUCAUGAAGAUGACGACCUUUGUGCCACGACCAGUAAAGAUUCUAAAGAUAAACCUAUAAAAAUUAAAACUGAAUCAAUGGGUAAAUUAGAAAAACAAGAGAAUCCCCAGGUUCAGGACGCACUUACAAACGACAAAAACAAGUCUACACAUAUCUCAAGGAAGGUGAGUUUUCGAGUUCAGAAUGAAUUUAUCACAAGAAAAGAAGAACAUACAAACAACGUACCAAACGUUGAUUCAGUUGCUGCGUGCUCCUCUAUUCCGAGAGAUGAACAGAUGUUAUUUACAAAAGAGGAAUCAGAAGACACAGUGGAGGCUGAUAGUAAACAGGAAUCCCUCAACAAGUUGGUUUGGUCUGACAUCUCAUACAGUUUGAAAACAUCUCCAAAUACUGAUAAAGAGCCUCUCUUAACGAAUAAUUUGUUUGUGGGGAAAGAAUUCAUCGUAAAAAGAUCACCUCGUGCUGUUGGGCCUAAAAUAUUGCGUAAAAUGUGUCAACUAUUUGGAAGUUCUGGUCCAUUACCAUGCAGAGAUGAUAAAAAACCAGCGAAAUUCAUUCAUGGCACACAAACCAUUGUCAACAGAUCCAAAUUUUCAAGACCAGAUAGUCCAGCGAUUCAUAAAAGAGACCAGACAUCGUCUUCGGAAAAUGAGGUAAGCAAUAUGACAAAAAAGGAACUCACAGAAAAACCGUUAAAUCUUAUUAGUUCACGUAAAAUGUUAAGCAAAGUAUGUGAAUCACCUGGGAAUUUUGUGGACAUCACGAAAGAGAAGCUGAGUGCCACGUCAUCGCAGUUUCCGAUUUUGCCGCAAGUGCAGGACAUCUUCAUCAACCUUCUCUGGGUUUUGAGCGGGUUACCUCGGGGGACUCUUUGUUCACGAUUGGAAAAAAACAGUCUACGAAUGUGUCGUCGAUGUCGUUAGCGCAAAGUUCUUCCAGCGAUCAAACGUUGGUAUACGGAGCCACAUCUUCUGUCUCCAAAGACCAGUAUCCUCACAAAUACAACUUGGAGAAACCUGUCGAGUUAGAGAAAUGUAGCCAGCCACCGGAAUCUAAAAGCAUUCAGGUUUAUUUUCAAGGCUCAUCUAAAAAACGUCUGUUUAAAAUUGAGAACAAGCCAAAUGUUGAUAAAUCCUCCGUGGAUGAAUCUCCUCUAAGCCAUGUAAAAGAUGAGAUUCAGAAAUGGAAUACUAUUUUAUGUCAAGAAGCUGACACACAAAGUAACAUACCUGGCACACAUUCCAAAAGACGUUUUUCAAAAUUUUGUCGAAGUUGUCGAGAUAAAAAAGCAUUGGUCACAUCUAAGGAGAAAGUUAAAUCCAAAUGGCACCUUUAUCAAGAGCAGCAAUAUGUCAUCGAUAGAGAUCGAGGCGUUCUAGACAUCCCCGAACAAUUUAAAAAAAAUGAAAGAUAAUUCUUUAGGUAAAUCUAAGUGCGUGACACUUGAUGGACACAAACAACAUCAAAUCCAUUCAGACCAACGUUUCCGAAUGCGGAUGCCAAAAGCAAAAUUUGGCAAAAACACGAAACAUUUGUAUGCAAACAAAUCGUGUUUUGAUUUUUACAGAAGUCAAAGUGUAGAGAAAUUAGUCCCAGGUAAAUCAGGGGCUGCUCCUGUCCAUUGGUGUUCAUUCAUUCUCUUUCUCUAGCCAGUCAUCAACUCAACUCAAAGCGAUGUACACAACUUUUCCUUAUGCUUCAGAAAUAACGACUGAAUGUUCAGAGUUGCUUACAAUGGACAGGCCUCAGUAUUUACUCUCAACACCUUGUCAACCGAGAUGUUUAAGUGAUGGCAAUCAAAUUAGUGAAACGUGGCUAUCAAAGACGUCUCUAAGGCAAUGCUACGAAAGUCUUGAAGAAGGCAGAAAUGACGAGAAUGACAGUUCUUUGCCGCGGUUCUUGACUGAAAAAGAUUCAGAUCAGCUAGUUUCGAAAUCACAAAGCGUUUUUGUGCAAGCAGCUUCAUCUGAGCCUCUGAUCCUUUAUACCGAAAAUAAUCUUCAGACACCUUGGACACACAGCUACUCUGUCAGCGAAUCUCACUUGGGAAAUUAUUCUAACGUCUCCUCUGACAUCCAAAGCUCUCAAACGACGUCCCUCCGAAGAAAGACGACAAGUGUACACACCAAAGAUGGAAAACAACAAAUCCCCAAUCAAGAGAUAGUUACAGAAACAAAUGCACAGAAGGGAAGUGCUGGAACUUCGAUAAUAUCUAGAAGGAUGUCAUCAUCAUCUGGAGGAGAUCCAGCCUCCUCCAUUGAGUCGUGUCGUGUUUCUAGCUGUCAGAGCAAUAAGUCUUACGAUGAAGAUGACGACAGGAGUUUGCGUAUAUCGUCGACAGAGUGCAUGCAACAAUCCUUGGAAGAUAUCGCCAACGAGGCUGUACCCUGGUCAAGAGCUGCAGAAACAGAACAAGAAAUCGUAACGCCCAAAGAAGGUUUCUAUGAAAACAAACAGCCUUCGCUAACAUCUUACAGCGAUUCAGAUUCCGUUCAGUCUGACGUGUCAAGCGCCAAUUUUAGCAGCAAUUGGAGCAGAAGUUUCAGGACAGAAUCAACACCUACUACUUACUACACGACGAAGGAGUCAUCUACCACAAGUGAGUUUGCUGCUAUCCUGGCUCUUGAUGAAGUUAUACUUGAUGCUGAACUCAAAUUUCGCACAUUUUUUGAAGAGUCGUCUGACUUGAGGCUGACGCAUGGCAGUCAAGAGUUUGAUACACCAUUCGUUGUGGACAUGGCGAAAUCUCUUCAUAAAGAUGUCUCACAGGCUAGCAAUGAUUCAUGGCUAUCUCUUAAGACGGCAGUGUCGACUGAAUCCACACUCACCAAUCGACCCUUCAAAUCGGACAUCAAAGAGGCUGUAGUUCCAGAAUCUGAAAAGUCUGGCAAUGAAAGUAAACCUUGUGAAUCUAGAUGUUUAUUCAACACGAACGUGGAAAAGAUGAAGGCAAUCUUACUGGAAACUAGCCACGAACUGCUCGAACUUAAGAAAACACUUGAGGAUCGGAAGGUUCAUGAUCCAAUAACUUUAUUGGUGUGUAGAAUAUGCGAUUCUCUGUCCUCAGCUUGGUUGGCAGAAGUCUCCAAGCUACCAACUGCCAGGAAUUUGGAUAGUAGCUCAGAUUCCUACAACUCUUCUUCAGAGAGCACCUUCUUGACUAAAAAUGUGGAAACUUCUCACUCUCAACUGAAAACCAACGAUAAUAUUCCACCUCUUGAUGAUCAUCCUCCGAUGAACGAAGGUCUGAGGCAGGGACGGAAGAAGUCUGGUUUAUAUCCGCUGUAUCCUGGGAAGUGUGAAUCGGUCGAGGACGAAUCUCUGUCUUCAAGUUCUAGUGUACUUGCCAGAUCUCAAAGUGCUCCUGAAAAUCACGAACAUCUGGGUGACUUGUAUCAAAUAGUCAUAAACCUUUUUGCUACCCUCCAACAAGAAUUGCAGAAAAGUGUGAAAGAGGACACAAAAGUGAGUGCAAAGUCAUCUCAAGGAGCAAUGGCAUAUACUAUCAAACGUAAAGCCUUAAACGUCGUGAAAACCUACAGCCAAAAUAACUGGUUUAUCAAGCAAGUGUUAGAGAAACCUGUUCUAUAUCUCUGCCAUGACCCUAGUGAUCCUCGCCACAAGAAACGAACAAAGCCUUGCGUUCCCCAACGACAUACAUACACCCCACCUGUGUUUUCUACCGAGCAAACCACGGAGAGCUCUGAAGAGAAUAAAGGACUUGGAAUUUCGCCUUCUUCGUCUACCGGUUCUUUGUUCUACGAAUCACCAAACUCUUCUGUCGACCUGCCAUUUCAAAAUCUGUCUGGAGGCAACUGCUCCGCUGAAAGCAACAGUGAAGAUUUUCACUCAGCCUGCAACUUCAUCCAUACCGAUGUUCUUGACAAUACACUCGACAAAUUCAACUCAAAGAUGAUGACCAUAAAAGGGAAGAUCAACCACAUGUUGAAUCUGAUCAACAGGUAUAAUACCUCUUUAAGUAAAGGGCUUGAAGGGGAAGGAUUACAAUUUUAUGGUAAUCACGGUACAGAUGGUUCAGCCGCUUGCAAUGAAAAUACUAUGUUUCUUCACCGAGAAAAAGGAAACAGCGCAAACGUUGUCUACAUACCUGGAAAUAAAGACGAAGCGUCAAAAACUGUUCAGUUUCAUUGUGCACAAGAAAACCUCAUGGACGAAUUCGUGUUCCCUUCUAUUCUGGAAUGUCCCAUAUACGACAACAAUGCAGUUCAGAGCUUAGCACCAAUCAACCUUGUGAGAGUCCCAUGUAGUCAACCGGUGAUAUAUCGCAGCUCUGUGGUAAGGCAUCAGUACUCCCUGAAAGAUCUGAUGAACAAACAUUCACGAGAAGUGAAAACAUCUUUGACAAAGGAGCGAAUCGGAUUUAUUAUUUGGAAAUGGAGGAGAUGGGCCAUCAAGCGCGCUAUGAAGGUCCAUAUAGACAAAGGGAGACAACUUCAAUCUAUCUCUGUCAACAGGUCAUUCACUACUACACAGAGGGUUGACAGCUCGGUGCGUACGUUAAACGACAGGGGCAAGAAUUCAAGUGCAACGAGAGAAAAUCAAGGUAAAAAAUGUCCUUCAUCAAAUAUUUUUGUUCAACCUGAAAGCGCGGCAAAUGGCAGUUUACCUCUGGUUUUUAGAACCAGCCAGCUUCUCAGAGCACCUCUGUCAAAUGAUUUCUCUCAAAGUGGAGUCCGGGAGUCUCGCUCUCCUCUCACGAGAUUACAUGCGAAUAAGGAGGAAAGCAGUUUCCCCUCCAAUGAGUUCGUUGAUCUGACAGCAAAGAUAGAAACAGCGGAAGUUCAAUCUCCUCGAAAAGUAGGUAAAAAUCGUGUGCUACACAAGUCCCCACCUAUGAAAGAUAAACUGACUGACAACUUAGUAGCGUAUGAAUCCACUGGCACCAUGAAAUAUGGCGACUGCUUUGUAGAUGUUUUUCAACAGCAUCAAGUGAAAAUGCCUUUAAAAUCGUCAGCCAGAAAUUUGGGAUCAGAAACUCAACGUGGAGUCCCACUUCGGAAACAUCAAGAUAACAGGAAUCUUCUGGUAAAAAGGAAGAGGCCGUUGAAUGACACAAUUCCCAGGUGUGCUUACCGAUCGAGACGCUACUUGCAACAGUGCUAUGGUUCUGCCAGUCAAAACAACAUCAAGAGGCUUCCAGUUAGUACAAGUCAUCCUAUGAUGGAAAGACCCCAGGCUGUUUGUACUGAUAGACUUAAAUAUACUCACACUAAUUGCAUGAAAGCCAAAUAUUUAUCUGGAAGCAGGUUUCGAGAUGCUUCAUCACGCCCUAGUGGAAAGAACCUACCCAUCAAAUUUAUCCAGCAAGUGAAAAGCGACCAUUGUAAGACUGAACAAAACCGAGCCCACUCGGAAGACUUGACAAGGGACCUUCUCGAAAAAGGAAGCAAAAUGGUUAGUGAAUCAAAAUACUUGACAAGUGACAAGAUACAACACAAGAGUGUUAAUCUUGCAGAAGAUAAGACAUACCUUUCUAAGAAAGACAGCAAAGUUUUCAGAAACCCAAAACAUUUGACAAAUGACCAGGAAGAACAAAACCGUGUUGGUCUUACAGAAAACAAGGCAUACCUUCCUAGGAAAGAAAGGAAGAUUGCUAGUCAUCCAAAAGCUCUGACAACUGACCUUUCUACGAGAGAACACAAAAAUAUCAGUCAUCCAGACCUUUCUAUGACACACCACACGAGUGCCACCCGACUAGAACACAGGCCAAGUGAUCUUUUUAAGAUAGAUAACGAGACUUUCAGUUAUUGUCAACCGGCGACAAAACAAAAUUCAAAACAAAAAAGCUCCCGUCGUUUAGAACAGCUGAAGAAGAGAGAAGACAAUCAAGGAUUUUUCAAGCAGAUAUUUCAAAAGCUGCGCAGUCGGCUUUCCCGACCAUCUUUUCCGCCUUCUGGACAACUAGAAGUCCAUGCUGGUAGAACGCUACAAGAACCUCACCCACUGGUGUUGGACAAAGACUUUACACGCUUCGGACACUUAUGGCCGCUGUCUUAUGGUCGGGUCAGCGGCCAGAGGACCUCAGAGCAGACGUGCUACGCUGUUGCUCAGCCUCUGAUGUACUCGCCACCACACAGCGUCUCCAUCCACACACACGUCUCCAACCUCACCAGCUCUACUAGCACCCCUUCUCCUCAGCAUUUAUAUCCGCUUAACGUUCCAGACCAUGCGCCUUUCGGAAAGACGAGCUGCAGACCUGAACAGAGGAAAGAGUCUACCCAAGCCAUGACACAUGCUUCUCAAGAAUCUAUCGGGUUCGUGCCUUUACGGUAAUGCUGACGAUAUCCUGACCUUUAACCAAUGCGCCAGCAACGCAAGCAGAGCAGAGGAGGAGGAGUCCCCUGCUGAGCAGAGUCCAAGCCAUGAAAAACCAGUGUCGAGAAGAAAAGACUCUUCCAGACGUGCCUUGAGGUGCC